AUGGAAGCAAAGGAUCGGCUUGUCGAGGAGAUUGUGCUCCUUGCCUUUUUCCUGGUGUCAACCGCCGCCAAUUCCUUGGCACUGCUGGUCUUCUGUCGUCGACCUGGAUUGAGGACUAUUUCUAAUCGAUUCGUCAUUAAUCUCCUUGCGACGAAUCUGCUGACAACCACCCUGCUUGCGCCCGCGUUGUUUGGCGAGCACUCUGCGAGGGAGACAGCAGCGUGGGUCGAAGCGGGCGACGCUGCGGCGUCGGCGUGUAGUUUGGCAGCGCUAUUGGCUGUCAUGCUGAUAGCUCUGGACCAGCACCACGCAGUUACCGACCCUCUGCGUUGCCACAUGCGCUUACUGCAGCGCCGCCCCGCAGCCCUCUGCGCCGCCACUUGGAUAGCAGCGGCCGCCGCCGCUGCAAUACGCGCAGCUAUCGCAAUAUUCCGCCAUUUCUACCCGUUCGAGCCUGUGGUUCAGGGAGUCGAACUGGCAUACUAUGUCGUAUACCUAGUGAUUGGUGUUAUCGUUCCUACAACCGUUGUUUGUGUCAUGUACGCAAGGAUCUACCGCGCGGCGCGUUCAUCUGGAUUACGAGCGCGAGCGCAUGGAGCCAGUGCGUUGCAACUAUACGAGCCCCCAGUGAACUUGCCAGAUCUAGUGGAGGAGGGGGACGGGCUAACGCUUAAAAUUGAUGUGCCAGAUAAUGCUGCUGUUGAGAGUGAUCGCAAGUUUGGACCGUUUUUACUUCCGCCGGAGCGACCGGUUCGAUGCCCGUCUGUUGCCAGCUUACGUAAUGCGCGAAAGGAGUGUAAAUCGAGCGAGGACCUUAGGAGGGGCCUGCCGGCCGUGAGCUCUGCGCCAUCGCUUGCCGCACCUCUCCUGUCUGUGAAUUCACGCUUACCUCAGCCCGCCAGCAGUACGUCUCGGAUAACUUCAAUCCGGUGUCGAAUCUCGAACGCUUCUUUGUUCCGGUAUAGGGAAGAAUCUCGUGCAGCCCGUGUGGGACUAUUAACGGGAGCAUUAGUAAUGUUGCACGUGCCGCACGCGGUAUCCGCGGUGGUGAUUGCAGCCGUGCCAAGUUUGGAAGCCAGUGCGCGCACGCCAUCGCUGGCUUUGCUGCUGCUGGCUUCCGCGGUAUCUCCAUUCUUGUUUGCCCUGCGCUCGCGUCGAGUGCAACGUGAAGCGCGGCGGUUGCUGCUCCCGGAGAAAAGCGCAUGGGACCGGGCGUCGGGAGCGGCUGCAUCAGCGGCCGCUGACGGUCAACGAGCCCGUGCUGCAUUAGAAUUGCUGCGCACCCUUUCUCCUGGUGGGGAAGCCGGUGACGGCGGAGAAUCGGGGACACCGCCGCCGGGAAACGGCUCGGAUGCUGCCACCUGCCGCGGUUCCUUCAGCUCGGGCGGCAGCACUCAACUCUCCUCCGCGUCGGACGAGUGA